UGGAGCUGUCUUGAAAGGAGUUGAAAAGGGGGGGGGGGCAUUUAAGGUGUCGGGUUUGCCAUGAUAUAAACAUGCACAAAGCAAGCUAAAUCGGCAGUGUCUUGAUAUCUGGUACUGGGUCAGGAACCUGAAGCGCAGGCUAUUAGAAUACCACCACUCUCAAAACUAUUUCCUGAACCCUUCAAUAUGCCUGUCUCCGGGUCUUUGAGCAACGUGGACUGGGAACCGAGCUUCUCCACGGUCGCCGUUCACGGCGGCCAGGAGCCCGAUCCCGUCAACGGCUCUCGUGCUGUCCCUCUCUACCAGACGGCCGCUUACAACUUCACCGACGCCGCCGAUGGCGCCAGCAAGUUCGCAUGGAGCAAGGACGGGUACGUGUACACGCGCAUGGGCAACCCGACCAACAGCGUCUUCGAGGCGCGCAUGGCGAUGCUCGAGGGCGGCGUCGGGGCCGUGGCGGCGGCGUCGGGCCACGCCGCGCAGUUCAUGGCGCUGACGCAGUGCUGCGACCCCGGCCACAACUUCGUCAGCACCAGCUGGCUGUACGGCGGCACCUACAACCAGUUCCGGGUGUACAUGAAGAAGUUCAAGAUCGACGUCAAGUGGGUGGUGGGCAACGAGCCGGCCGACAUCGACGCGGCCAUCGACGAGAACACGCGGUGCGUGUACAUCGAGACGAUCAGCAACCCGAAGCACAGCGUGCCGGACAUCCGGGCCAUCGCCGACGUGGCGCACAAGCACGGGAUCCCGCUCGUCGUCGACAACACGUUCGGCAUGGGCGGGUACCUCUGCCAGCCCAUCGGGCAGGGCGCCGACAUCGUCACGCACUCGGCGACCAAGUGGAUCGGCGGCCACGGCACGUCCAUGGGCGGCGUCGUCGUCGACGGCGGCCGCUUCGACUGGGGCGCGUCGGGCAAGUUCCCCGGCUUCACGGAGCCGGCGGACGGGUACCACGGCCUGAGGUUCUGGGAGACGUACGGCCCCAAGGCGCUGUCGGCCAAGCUGCGGAUGGACAGCAUGCGCGACCUGGGGCCGUGCCUGAGCCCCUUCAACGCCUGGCUGCUCCUCCAGGGCCUGGAGACGCUCGCGCUGAGGGGGGAGAGGCACACGGAGAACGCGCAGAGGCUGGCCGAGUGGCUCGACGCGCACCCGAGCGUCAGCUGGGUGCUCUACCCCGGCCUCAAGUCGCACCCGGACUACGAGUACACCAAGAGGGUGUUCAAGAACGGCGCGGGCGGCGUGUUGACUUUUGGCGUCGCCGGAAACAUUGACCAGGUCCGCUCCGUCGUCGACAACCUCAAGCUCUGCUCGCACCUGGCCAACGUGGGCGACGCCAAGACGCUCAUCAUCCACCCGUGGGUGACGACGCACCAGCAGCUGCCGGACGAGGAGAAGGUCAAGGGCGGCGUGACGCCGGACCUGAUCCGCGUGUCGGUGGGCAUCGAGGGGUUCGAGGACAUCCGGCGGGACUUUGAGCAGGCGUUCGAGGCGGCGGGGCUGCCGGCGGCGAGCAAGGCGGGCGGGGACCCGUUCGGCGCCGCGCUGCGGCUCGUCUCGGACGGGUUCAUGGCGGGGAAGGCGACGGGGGCGCCGAGGCCCGGGACGGACGGGACUGUUUCUGAGCAGAGGGCGUGAUGGGGAGCGGUGGUUGUUUGCUGGGGUGUGAAGAUGUGUGAACGACGACGGACGGUGUGGGUUGUUGAGCAGACGGUAUGAAAGUUUGAUGUGGGCGAGCGAGCGUGGGGUGGAUGGAGAUGCCAAUGAAUACCUUGCAAAAUAACAAGUGGCAUAUUGUUUUAGCCCGAGCCCGGAAGUGCGUCGUAUGAGAGCCAGGACACAUCUCCAUGUGAAGCCAGUACACAGAUGAAUGAACGGCAGCGGCACACCGUACUAG